UGGAUGAAGAUCAUCAUCAUGAUAGAACGUGGGAAAAUAACAAUCACUUCGAUUAAGAUAUUCAUAUUUAUUUUUAAAGUGACAAGAAUUUACAUGCAUUUUAACUUGAAUGUAUGGGAUUCGUAAAUGAGACGCCGCUACAAAGUGUUGCGGAUGGAUACCCCCGCACAGUCAAAAACACAAGAGGGUAUAAAGAUAUCGGUCUUUUAAAAGCAAAUCCCUUUCUAGUUUCCUGCGCCAUAGAGCCGAGGGGACUGGUGAUAUUGGUAGCGUUUUAUUCAAGAGACGUGAACGGAACAAAUAAAGAUGCCUGAAGAAAUGCGCCAAGAGGAGGAGGCUGAGACCUUUGCCUUCCAGGCAGAGAUUGCUCAGCUCAUGUCCCUGAUCAUCAACACCUUUUAUUCCAACAAGGAAAUCUUUCUCAGGGAGUUGAUCUCCAAUGCCUCAGAUGCUUUGGACAAAAUCCGCUAUGAAAGUCUGACGGACCCCACCAAGCUGGACAAUGGCAAGGAAUUGAAGAUCGACAUCAUCCCCAAUGUGGAGGACCGUACCCUGACCCUCAUCGACACUGGAAUUGGCAUGACCAAAGCUGACCUCAUCAACAACCUGGGAACUAUUGCCAAGUCUGGCACCAAGGCCUUCAUGGAGGCCCUGCAAGCUGGAGCUGACAUCUCCAUGAUUGGGCAGUUCGGUGUGGGAUUCUACUCUGCCUACCUGGUGGCAGAAAGAGUGACCGUCAUCACCAAGCACAAUGAUGACGAGCAGUACAUCUGGGAGUCUUCAGCCGGAGGCUCAUUCACAGUGAAGGUCGACAGUGGGGAGCCCAUGUUGCGUGGAACUAAGGUGAUUCUACACAUGAAGGAGGACCAGACUGAGUAUGUUGAGGAGAAGAGGGUCAAGGAGGUGGUCAAGAAGCACUCUCAGUUCAUUGGAUAUCCCAUCACACUUUUCGUUGAAAAGGAGCGUGAAAAAGAGAUCAGUGAUGAUGAGGAGGAGGAGAAGGAGGAAAAGGCGGAGGCUGAGGACAAGCCCAAAAUUGAGGACGUGGGCUCAGAUGAUGAGGAGGAUUCCAAGGACAAGAAGAAGACUAAGAAGAUCAAGGAGAAGUACAUUGACCAGGAGGAGCUGAACAAGACCAAGCCCAUCUGGACCAGGAACCCUGAUGACAUCACCAUGGAGGAGUACGGGGAGUUCUACAAGAGCCUGACCAAUGACUGGGAGGACCACCUUGCAGUCAAGCACUUCUCAGUGGAGGGCCAGCUGGAGUUCCGCGCCCUGCUCUUUAUCCCACGCCGCGCGCCCUUUGACCUCUUUGAGAACAAAAAGAAGAAGAAUAACAUCAAGCUGUAUGUCAGGAGGGUCUUCAUCAUGGACAGCUGUGAAGAGCUCAUCCCGGAGUACCUGAACUUUGUGCGUGGUGUGGUGGACUCUGAGGAUCUCCCCCUGAACAUCUCCCGAGAGAUGCUGCAACAGAGCAAGAUCCUCAAGGUCAUCCGCAAGAACAUCGUCAAGAAGUGUAUGGAGCUGUUCGGUGAGCUGGCAGAGGACAAGGAAAACUACAAGAAGUUUUACGAUGGCUUCUCCAAGAACCUCAAGCUGGGGAUCCACGAGGACUCCCAAAACCGCAAGAAGCUGUCCGAGCUGCUGCGCUACCACAGCUCCCAGUCCGGAGAUGAGCUGACCUCCCUCACAGAGUACCUCACCCGCAUGAAGGACAAUCAAAAAUCCAUCUACUAUAUAACCGGUGAGAGCAAGGACCAGGUGGCCAACUCCGCCUUUGUGGAACGUGUGCGCAAGCGUGGCUUCGAGGUCCUGUACAUGACGGAGCCCAUCGACGAGUACUGCGUCCAGCAGCUGAAGGAGUUUGAUGGUAAAACCCUGGUCUCUGUAACCAAGGAGGGCUUGGAGCUGCCUGAGGAUGAGGAGGAGAAGAAGAAGAUGGAGGAGGACAAGACGAGGUUUGAGAACCUCUGCAAGCUCAUGAAGGAGAUCCUGGACAAGAAAGUAGAGAAGGUGACUGUGUCAAACAGGCUGGUGUCAUCGCCCUGCUGCAUCGUGACCAGCACGUAUGGCUGGACGGCCAACAUGGAGCGCAUCAUGAAGGCACAGGCCCUGAGGGACAACUCCACAAUGGGCUACAUGAUGGCCAAGAAGCAUCUGGAGAUCAACCCAGACCACCCCAUUGUGGAGACCCUAAGGCAGAAGGCUGACCUGGACAAGAAUGACAAGGCGGUGAAGGACUUAGUCAUCCUAUUGUUCGAGACGGCAUUGCUCUCUUCGGGCUUCAGCCUGGAUGACCCCCAGACUCACUCCAACCGCAUCUACAGGAUGAUCAAGCUGGGCCUGGGAAUCGAUGAUGAUGAAGUGAUCCCUGAGGAGCCCACCUCUGCACCCGCCCCAGAUGAGAUCCCACCUCUAGAGGGAGAUGAUGACGCUUCACGCAUGGAGGAAGUGGAUUAAAUGCCGUCUCAAACCGAACCCUAUGUAGCCUCACUUUUUUUUCCCAAUUGAACAUCUGUUUUUUUUCUUUUUUUUUUAACUGGAGAAACCUUGUCGGUGUCCUUUUGUGGUAUAACAAAAUAAUUCUUAACUCCUGCUGCCCAGUGGACCAGUGUUGCUCUUGUCUUGAGCCUUCAGUUAAAAUUCUAGAAAAGCAGUUGAUUUUGUUAUAGUUAAUGUUGGCCAAUUCGUUCAAAAAAAAAAAACAGUACCCUGUUGCACUGAGUUUUAAACUUUGGACUGGUAGCAAUGUAGGGGAAAUGGAACAUUCCAUUAGACUGACACUGGGGGUGUGGUUCUUCUGAUGUGCAACUUGCUCGCUGCUUGGAGAGUGGACUGCAAGAUUCCUUUGCCUGAAUCCAGACCUGUCUGUAUUGUCUUUUUUGUUUUGCAAAAAUUAAAAGACUUAAGACCUUAAAUGUU